AUGAAAAAGGUGGCACGUGAGACUCGCGCUACGCCUUCGGUGACCGGAAUUCAAGGAAUGGUCGAUCGACAGAAAAGGCUUCUUCCUAGGCAGGCGGGAAGCUCUGCUGCUCCUAUCACUAAAGAAGAGCUUGGAAGAGCCACUUGGACUUUUCUUCACACUCUUGCUGCUCAGUAUCCAGAAAAUCCAACAAGGCAACAAAAGAAGGAUGUAAAAGAACUGAUGGCAAUUUUAUCUCGAAUAUACCCUUGCAAAGAUUGUGCAGAUCACUUUAAAGAAGUCCUAAGAGCAAAUCCUGCAGGCGGAUCUCAUUAUGAGUUCUCUCAGUGGCUAUGUCAUGUGCAUAAUGUGGUUAAUAGAAGCCUGGGUAAAUUGGUUUUCCCCUGUGAGCGAGUUGAUGCAAGGUGGGGCAAGCUGGACUGUGAGCAACGUGCAUGCGAUCUACAGGGAGCCACAAAUUUUUGGGAUAGACAUGAAAUGCAAUACUAAAUUAAA